CUUUCCAAAAAAUAAUAAUAACAAUCAUCGGCGGCGGCGGGAUCGGCCAGAAGAGGAGGAAGCGCUUUUUUUGAUCCUGAUUCCAGUUUGCCUCUCUCUCUCUUUUCUUCCCCCAAACUAUUCUUCGUCUGAUUUUCCUCGCGGAGCCCUGCGCUCCCGACACCCCCGCCCGCCUCCCCUCCUCCGCUCCCCCCGCCCGCGGGCCCCCCAAAGUCCCGGCCGGGCCGAGGGUCGGCGGCCGCCGGCGGGCCGGGCCGCGCACAGCGCCCGCAUGUACAACAUGAUGGAGACGGAGCUCAAGCCGCCGGGCCCGCAGCAAACUUCGGGGGGCGGCGGCGGCGGCGGCGGCAACUCCACCGCGGCGGCGGCGGGCGGCAACCAGAAGAACAGCCCGGACCGCGUCAAGCGGCCCAUGAACGCCUUCAUGGUGUGGUCCCGCGGGCAGCGGCGCAAGAUGGCCCAAGAGAACCCCAAGAUGCACAACUCGGAGAUCAGCAAGCGCCUGGGCGCCGAGUGGAAACUUUUGUCGGAGACGGAGAAGCGGCCGUUCAUCGACGAGGCCAAGCGGCUGCGAGCGCUGCACAUGAAGGAGCACCCGGAUUAUAAAUACCGGCCCCGGCGGAAAACCAAGACGCUCAUGAAGAAGGAUAAGUACACGCUGCCUGGCGGGCUGCUGGCCCCCGGCGGCAACAGCAUGGCGAGCGGGGUCGGGGUGGGCGCCGGCCUCGGCGCGGGCGUGAACCAGCGCAUGGACAGCUACGCGCACAUGAACGGCUGGAGCAACGGCAGCUACAGCAUGAUGCAGGACCAGCUGGGCUACCCGCAGCACCCGGGCCUCAACGCGCACGGCGCCGCGCAGAUGCAGCCCAUGCACCGCUACGACGUGAGCGCCCUGCAGUACAACUCCAUGACCAGCUCGCAGACCUACAUGAACGGCUCGCCCACUUACAGCAUGUCCUACUCGCAGCAGGGCACCCCGGGCAUGGCGCUCGGCUCCAUGGGCUCGGUGGUCAAGUCCGAGGCCAGCUCCAGCCCCCCCGUGGUUACCUCUUCCUCCCACUCCAGGGCGCCCUGCCAGGCCGGGGACCUCCGGGACAUGAUCAGCAUGUACCUCCCCGGCGCCGAGGUGCCGGAGCCCGCCGCCCCCAGCAGACUUCACAUGUCCCAGCACUACCAGAGCGGCCCGGUGCCCGGCACGGCCAUUAACGGCACACUGCCCCUCUCGCACAUGUGAGGGCCGGACAGUGAACUGGAGGUGGGGGAGAAAUUUUCAAAGAAAAACGAGGGAAAUAGGAGGAGAGUAAGAAACAGCAUGGAGAAAAACCCGGUACGCUAAAAAAAAAAAAAAAAAAAGUCAUCACCCACAGCAAAUGACAGCUGCAACAGAGAACACCAAUCCCAUCCACGCUCACGCAAAAACCGCGAUGCCGACAAGAAAACUUUUAUGAGAGAUCCUGGACUUCUUUUUGGGGGACUAUUUUUGUACAGAGAAAACCGGGG